AUGGAUCUGUCGCAGCCGUUUGGAUGCAGUGUCAGCGACUACAUCCAAAAAGAUAAGUACUCUUUAAAAUAUGUAGGUGUGGAUGAUGCGUGCACAAAGCGGGAAAUUUUGAGUCUAAUUGGCAAGCUGUCGUUUGUUACAAAGUGUAUCCCGGCAAGCCGAAUAUUCUUGAGGCGCAUGAUUGAAUUAAGUUGCAAAGUUGAUCGGUUGCACUAUAAGAUCGCGUUAACUGACGGGUUUCGACGUGACAUUGCAUGGUGGAGGGAAUUUUUGCCUCUAUGGAAUGGAACCACCGGGUUUGUACACCCGCAGUGGGAGCCGGCAAGUACAUUGCAUUUGUAUACCGACGCAGCAGGUUCGAUUGCUCAGUGCAACUUUGUCAUCAAAAUCACACACAUAGCCGGCGUGAUUAAUAACAUUGCUGAUGCGCUGUCACGGUUUCAGACACAACGCUUUCGGGAGCUGCACCCUACAGCCGACGGAAAUGGCACAACACCACCGGAUCUGCUUGCCCGGUUACGACCGUUUCUAACGGGGGAAGAACCACCCAUACCGCUGUCAGCGCCGGUGACCUCUUUGCAGCCGGAGUGGCACCUUCUACCCGGAGAGCUUAUGCUAAUGGAGAGCGCAGUUUCGAGCUAUUCUGCAGAAUGA